UCAGGGAGGGCGCCCGUGUUGGUAGGGCACCAGGAUCUGGCAAAACAACUGGAGCAAUGGAAUCCAAAGUGAUGGAAUAGCAUAUGAUACAACAGUGAGAACUAGAAAGGUAUAAUGUGACUUUUCCUUUCCUACGGGAAAAGCCAUCAGUAACCAUGUCCGUUCUUGAAGAGGCGGAGCGGGUGCUGUCGGCGCUGGACCGGGUGGGCGGCCAUCUGAAGGAGAGCGGCGACCCGGCGCUGUCGGAGGAGGUCGGCGCCCACCUGAGCCGGCUAGUGGCGCUGCUCGAGAACCCCGCCUUCGGGCGUCUGCUCAAAAUACAGGACUCGCUGCAGCGGCUCAAGGCGCAGCUGGCCGCGCACCCGUCGCUGGUGCCGUCCGACUUUGACAUCGUGGCCGAGACGGGCGACCUGGAGCUGGCGCUGACGCCGGCCUCGGCGCCGCUCGCGCCGCUCGCGCCGCCCCGGCCGCCAGCGGUGGCGCCGCGCGCGUCCCCCGGCCAGCGGGCCGCCUCCACGCCAGGGGCCGAGCCGGUGCAGGAGAAACGGCUGGAGAAUGGGAAGGAGAGGGAGCGGGAGCCGCAACCGCAGCUGGAGUCGAAGCGGGAGCCGGAGCUGGAGUUGCAGCGGGAUCCGGAGGUGGAGUUGAAGCGCGGGUCGGCGUGCGCAAAGGAGCGGGAACAAGAGCUGAAGCCGGAGCCAGAGUUGGAGUUGAAGCCGGAGCUGACGCCGGAGCUGACGUCUGAACUGGGGCAGGAGCUUGAGCUGGAUCAGAAGCCGGAGCCGCAGCCGGAGCCGGAGCUGAAGGCCGAGAGGCAGACGGUGGUGGAGGCCGUGUCGUCCUACCUCGUGGACGCCCACCACAGCAGUGAGACGCUGAACGCGAGUGGUCGGCCCGAGCCGCCAAUCAUGACGGGCGCCUACGAGAGGGAGCUGGAGCGUGUGAUCGCCGAGGCCGCCAAAGGUCGCCAGGUCAUCCCGAUCCAGCUGUACAAACAGGAGGGCACUAGCUUGGGCUUCAGCGUUGCUGGGCUGACGAGCGAGCUGAACCACGAGCUCGGGAUAUUCGUACAGGGCAUCCAACCGGACGGCAUCGCGGCCAGCGAUGCUCGCCUGAAGGAGGGGGACCAGAUUUUGGCCAUCGAUGGCCAGCCUCUGGACGCCAAUGUUUCCCAUCCCCAGGCCAUCAGCAUUCUGCAGCGAGCCGCAGGUCCGGUGGAGCUGGUGGUAGCGCGCGCGCCGGACCUACCGACGGGCGAGAGCCUCCCGAGCGAGGCGCCCGCCGCUGACACACCGCAGCAGCAGGAGAUGGUGCUGAACACGGAGUGGGCGCAGGUGGAGGUGAUUGACCUGGUGAACGACGGCACCGGCCUGGGCUUCGGCAUCAUCGGCGGCAGGAGCACCGGCGUCGUUGUCAAGACGAUCCUGCCGGGCGGCGUGGCGGACCGGGAUGGCCGACUACAGAGCGGCGACCACAUCCUGCAGAUCGGCCAGUACAACCUGCGCGGCAUGGAGUCCAUUCAGGUGGCGCAGGUGCUGCGCACCGCCGGCACGCAGGUGCGGCUGAUCGUGGCGCGGCCCGUGGAGCCGAGCAGCCCCGACUUCCAGGUGGACAGCUCGGUGAUAACGCGUGCGCCCAUCGUGCCCACCCGGCUGCUGGCCGACCCGGACGAGCUGGACCAUCAGCUGCAGGCGCUGCAGAACGGUUUCCCGGAGCCGUACAUCCGCGACUCGGCCGUCGACGAGAACAACCUGAUCAACGGCCAGCUGGCGGCCGAGUACGAGCUGCGCGAGCCGGCGCUGGCCGACCCGGCCGUGCUGGACGAGCUGCAGAGCCAGUACGCGGCGGCGGCCGGCCUGUCGACGGCGCCGGGCGCCGUCAGCGGCCCGCCGCCGCCGCCGCUCUCCGACACCGAGACGUGCGAGGUGGAGCUGGUCAAGGACGCCGCCGGCCUGGGCGUCACCAUCGCCGGCUACGUCUGCGAGCGCGAGGAGCUCAGCGGCAUCUUCAUCAAGUCGGUGAACCCGGGCAGCGCGGCCGACCUCAGCGGCCGCAUCGCCAUCAACGACCAGAUCAUCGAGGUGGACGGCACGCCGCUACACGGCUACACCAAUCACCAGGCCGUCGAGCUGCUGAAGAGCACCGGGCAGGUGGUGCGUCUCAAACUGGCCCGCUACAUCAGCGGCCCUAAGUACGACCAGCUGCAGAUGGCGAUCGCGCGGGACGGCGCGCCGCCGGCCUCAACCGAGUCGAGCUCGCGCACCUCCUCCCAGCCGCACCAGGACCUGGUGAGCGGCUCGUCGGCGUCGACGCAGCCGGUCGGCGGCGCCCCGCUCUCAAUGGAGCUGGCCGCGGCGGCCGAGCAGCAGCCGGCCGGCGGCGCCGCCUUCCCCGGCAGCAACGCCAGCUACUCAGAGGCCAUCGACAAACAGGUUCUGCUGGAGGACCUGGAGAAGCUGAUCGACGCCGACUAUCACGGCGAGAUCAAGCCCGAGGUGGAGACGGCGAUUCAGCUCAAGUGGGGGAAGAUUCUGGGCGACGAGUACGACAUCGUGGUGGCGCAGAUCAGCAAGUUCCAGCCGGGCGGCGGGCUGGGCGUCAGCCUGGAGGGCACCGUGGACGUGGAGGACGGGCGCGAGGUGCGGCCGCACCACUACAUCCGCUCCAUCCUGGCCGACGGCCCGGUCGGCAUCAACGGCCGGCUGCAGAGCGGCGACGAGCUGCUGGAGGUGAACGGCAAGCGGCUGCUCGGCCUCAACCACAUGGAGGUGGUGAACAUCCUGAAGGAGCUGCCGGUGGACGUGCGCAUGGCGUGUGCCCGCCGCUCGGGCCACCCGCCGCUGCACGGCUUCGACGUGCCGUCGGCGCACGGCCGCGCCCAGUUCGCCGCCCGCAGCCUCCUGAGCGGCUCUCUGGGCCAGCUGUUCCCGUCGGACCGGCUGGUGAAGGCGAAGUCGGACGGCUCGCUGGCGUCCAGCGGCGCCACCACCUCCGCCACCGACACGAGCAUGUCGCGGCUGCGCUCGCGCAGCAUGGAGCCGCUCUCGGGGCUGGCCAUGUGGUCCAGCGAGCCGCAGGUGUUCACGCUGGAGAAGGGCGAGCGCGGCCUGGGCUUCUCCAUACUCGACUACCAGGACCCGAUGAACCCCACCGACACGGUGAUCGUGAUUCGGUCGCUUGUGCCGGGCGGCGCCGCCCAGCUGGACGGCCGCCUCAUCCCCGGCGACCGCCUGAUGUUCGUCAACGACGUACGACUGGAGAACGCCUCGCUGGACCAGGCGGUGCAGGCGCUGAAGGGCGCGCCGCUCGGCGCGGUCCGCAUCGGCGUAGCCAAGCCGCUCCCCCUGGCGGCCGACACCAGCAGCAGUCAGGAGCUGACCGCCUCGUCGCACUCGGAGACCGAGGUGGACCUGGAGGUGGCGGACGUCGAGCGGAGGUCUUCCAGUGGCGACAGCUCGUCCACAGACAUCUCCCGGCUGCAGUGUCUGGAGGGCGAGGAGGCGCUGCUGCCGCCGCUGCCGCCGGCCGACGCCCCGCUUGACCUCACCCUGGACGGCGUGGCCGAUAUCAGACAGGAGUGUGUCCCGGUGCCGGCGGUGCGGCAACCGCCCGGCCCGGCCGUGCUCCGCUACGGCGGCGAGAUCCCGCCGCUGCCCGACGAGCUUCAGCGCACCGUGCGCAUCCGCAAGGGCGGCGACGAGCUCGGCCUGAACGUCGAGGUGGUGGACAAGGGCCUCAACGGCGUGCCGGUGAAAUCGGUGACGCGCGGCUCGGCCGUGCACAAGGACGGCUCCAUCUCGGCCGGCGACUACAUCGUGUCCGUCAACAACGAGACCAUGCGCAACGUGACGCAGGCGCAGGCGAAGGCCGUGCUGCGGCGCUGUCAGCUGAUCAGCACCGACAUCACGAUCGUGUACGUGCCCAGCGCCGACGCCGCCAACCACCGGGAGGCGGCGCUGAUCCAGAUCAAGCGGCACGCGGAGAAGAUCCGGCAGAUGAACCUGCAGAACCUGCCCCGCCAGAUAUCGCCCAGGAUUUUCCCCAAAUACUACCGCUCUCCCUACUUCGGCCCGGACCCGUCGGCGGCGGACGCGACGGCCAGCGGCAGCGAUCCGGCGGCGCUGACGCGCUCCAACACGGCGCCCAACCUGAGCGCGCCGCUGGCGCGCGUCGUCGACGUGGAGCUGGACGCGGUGUCGGCGUUCUCGCUGCCGCAGACGGCCGGUGACGAGCGGCCGCCGCCGCCGAUUGGCCGGCGCGCCGAGUCGGCCGACCAAUGGCGCGGCGGCUGGCGGCCGGCCUCGGCCGAGGAGGAGCGGCGCCGCUGCCGCAGCGCCGACUCGGUGGUGGCCGGCACGCAGACGCCGGACGAGGAGGGCCCGCUGGCGCCGGCCGGCGACACCACCAUCCUCACCGUCGAGGUGGACGGCAACACGUUCAGUAGGAGUUUGCCACCGCAAGUGCCCGCCCCCGCACCAGCUCAAGAAACCACGUGCGAGUCGUCGAGUUUUAUUAGCGACAGCGCGACCGGUGUGAGUGAUACAAACAGUGAUUGCGCCGGCGCGGCCGGCUGGGGCCGCGCGGACAGCCAGCGGGCGAGCAGCGGGGCCUCCGCCGCGGACGACGGCCGGCGCGCCGGCGCCGACAGCCGGGACUCGUCGACGCCGCGCCGCCCCAGCCCGCCCGUUGUCACCGGCGUCACCGUCAAGAUGGUCUCGCAGGGCACGCCGCCGUCGCAGGCCGGCCCGGCGCCGGCCGGCCAGUCGCCGCUCGGCAAGCACUGGGGGCCGGAGCGGCGCGUGGUGGUGUGCCGCUCGCCCUCGCAGUCGCUCGGAAUCUCGAUCGUCGGCGGCAAGGUGGACCUCUACAACGCCGCGCCCGGCGGCAAGACGGUCAUAUCGGGCAUCUUCAUCAAGAACGUGCUGGCCGACAGUGUGGCGGGCCGCACUGCUCAGCUCAAGACGGGCGACCGCAUCCUCUCGGUGGACGGCACGGACCUGCGCACGGCCAGCCACGACCAGGCCGUGGCCGCCAUUCGCAGUUCGGGCGACGCGAUCGAGUUUGUCGUGCAGAGUCUGGUGCACCGGUCGCGAGGCGGCGCCGCCGGUAGAGAGGGCCGUCCGAGCCGGCCGAGCCGCCGGCCCCGCUCGCCCUCGCCAGAGGUCAUCCAGCCGGGCUACAAGCCGCCGGCCAAGCGUCCCGAGCGGCUGGCGAGCGAGGCGUCCGUCGAGUCGCUCGAGGAGGACGAGGAGGCGCGCACCGCCGGACGCUUCAUCACCGCCGCCGGAGUCGAGAUUGAUCGUGCCAGCGCUGGCUUUGUCAAGCUGAGUCGUCAGGAGCGGCUCCAGGAUACCGAACAGGAGGAUGAGUUCAUGUACACUACCAAGAAGAUCCAGAAGAAGUACGGCGAGCUGCCGGGCGAAAUCCUGCUGAUCGAGCUGCAGAAGGGCAGCAGCGGGCUGGGCAUCUCGCUGGCCGGAAACAAGGACCGAACGCGCAUGUCCGUCUUCGUGUGCGGCCUCAACCCGCAGGGCAACGCCUUCAAGGACGGCCGUAUUCGCACCGGCGACGAGAUGCUGGAGGUCAACGGCCUAGUCCUGCAUGGCCGAUGUCAUUUGAACGCCUCGGCCAUCAUCAAGGGCCUGCCCGGUCCCGUCAUCAAAAUCAUCCUUCUCAGGCGGGAGGAGGCCCUGGACGACCUGGCCGUGCGUCCCAUCACCCAGUUCCCGGUGUCGCUGCAGGACGAGACGCCAGAGCAGAAGUACGCGAAGUACAAGGGCCUGCGCAAUGUCCAAGUGAAAAAGGGCACGCAGGGCCUCGGCAUCAUGAUCUUCGAGGGCAAGCACGCCGAGGUCGGCCAGGGCAUCUUCAUCUCGGACCUGCAGGCGGGCAGCCCAGCCGAGCAGGCGGGCCUGUCGGUCGGAGACAUGAUCCUGUCCGUCAACAACGAGGACCUGGUGGGAGCCGACUACGACACGGCGGCCGGUAUUCUGAAGCGGGCCGAGGGCGUGCUGGCGCUGUGGGUGUCGAACCCGAGCCGAGCGGUGCGGGACGCCUCGCCCUCACCGUCGCACGCCGCGUCGGCGCCGGGCCAGGCGCAGGCACCUGCGCAGGGACAGCCGUCCGCCGCUGAACCCGAGAAGCCGCGGAUACCUCCCAAGCCGGUGCUGAAUGCGUCCCAGUGGUCGGCAGCCAACGCUCCCGCGCCGGCCCCGACCCCCACCCCAGCCCCCGCCUCGGUCCCGAUCCCCGCUCCGGCCUCGGCCCCGGCGCCCGCCCCCGUCCCCGUCCCCGUCCCCGUCCCUACUCCUACCCUUACCCCCACCGCCGUCCCCGCCCCAGCCCCAGCCGCGGCCUUGGCCCCGGCCCCAGCCCCAGCCUCGCCCCCACCUCCGACCCCGGCUUCGCCUUCGCUUCCGGUCCCGGCCUCGGUCCCUGUCCCUGUCGUCACCCCCGUGCCCACCGCCAUCCCCGUUCCUACCGCCGUCCCGGCGCCCGUAGCGGUCCUGGCCCCGGUCCCGGUCCCGGUCCCAGAGCCGCCGGCCGACCCGGCCGCCUGCCCGAUCGUGCCCGGUCGUCAGACCACCAUCGAGAUCAGCAAGGAGAAGAUGGGCCUCGGCCUGAGCAUCGUCGGCGGCUCGGACACGCUGCUGGGGGCCAUCAUCAUCCACGAGGUGUACCCGGACGGCGCGGCGGCCAAGGACGGACGCCUCAAGCCCGGCGACCAGGUGCUGGAGGUCAACAACGAGAACUUCCGCGAUGCCAGCCACAACAAGGCGCUGGCCGUGCUGCGCCAGACGCCGGCCAAGGUGCGGAUGCUGGUGUACCGGGAGGAGGGCGCCACCAAGGAGGAGGACGUGUUCGAGACCAUGGACGUGCAGAUGGUGAAGAAGCCCGGCAAGGGGCUCGGACUCAGCAUCGUCGGCCGGAAGAACGGACCCGGCGUCUUCAUAUCAGAUGUGGUGAAAGGCGGCGUGGCGGAAGCGGACGGCCGCCUGAUCCAGGGCGACCAGAUCCUCUCGGUCAACGGCCAGGACCUCAAGGUUGCCACCCAGGAGCAGGCCGCCUCCAUCCUCAAGACGUCCAUGGGCAAAAUCAACAUGAAAGUGGGGCGGCUCAAAGUGCGUCACUCGCCCGGCGCCGCCAACGCCACCAGCAAAGUGCCUGACGCCGCGCCCGCGCCGUCACCUGCGCCGCCGCCGCCGCCGCCGCCGCCUCCGCCGCCGGCCGCGGCGCGCGUGGUGGUGCUGCAACGGGGCGCCGACGGGCUCGGCUUCUCAGUAGUCGGCGGCCACGGCUCGCCGCAGGGUGACCUGCCCAUCUACGUGAAGACGGUGUUCGAGCGCGGCGCGGCGGCCGACGAGGGCUCGCUGCGCCGCGGAGACAUGAUCCGCAGCGUCAACGGCGUGCCCAUGACGGGCGUCACGCACCAGCAGGCCGUCACGAUCCUCACCAACGCCACCGGCACCGUCACCAUGGUGGUGGAGUCGUGAGGCGUCGGGAGCCGCCCGCGCCGCCAGCGUCGGCGGAGUCGCCGCCGCCGCGCCGGCCGGCGGUCCGCGCCAGGUAAGCGCCAGGGACUGCCGUCGGCCCCAGCAUUCGCCUCUUCGACACGUAUAGCAUAAUCCAUCUUCUUGGUGGUGGGAUCAUCUUAUUUUUAGAGGCUGCGCCCGGCUCGGGCGGCCGGGCAGCCUCCGCCGCCCGCUGCGGUCCGUUGCGAUGUUUUUGUACACUGAUGCGUGUCAUUUUACAGCUAAGAUCUUGUUGCAUUUUUACCAGCCGUGUAUUGUAUUGUUACGAGGCGGCGCCGCAGCAGGCCCGGCUGGGCGAGCGUUGUUGUGCUCUGUUCGUUCCGCUGGGCGUGCGCGCGUGGCGCCACCGCCGUCCGCGGCGGACCGUGGGGGCAUCGCUGCGACGGCGCCCCCGGUGGCCAGGACCACCCGCUCCAGGUAUCUCUUUAUGCCCUGUCCGCGCGGGUCAUGUCCCCGUCCGGUGCGCCGGUCGGCCCCGGGCGCCCCCCUCCCUGGCCUUGUCUGUCCGCCCGGUCUCUCGCCGGUUCGGCGGGGCGGUGGGCGUUGGUCGGUCCACGCCUUCCCUCAUCAAGUUCAACAUCCCGUACGUGGGUGUAGUCGAUCGAUUACGAUGCAGCUAUAAUACGGUUUCAGUGUUGUGCGAAGGGAUUCCUAAGACAAUAAAUUUGCAACA